AUGGCGCUGCUUUCGAAAGUCCUCCUCGCUGCUCUGCCAAGCGUGGUCGCUGGCCUUUCUCCAACCGCCACAGUCAAGAACGGCACUUAUGAGGGCAAAUAUGUUGCUUCAUACGACCAGGAUCUCUUUCUCGGCAUCCCAUUCGCUCAACCACCCGUUGGCGAGCUCCGUUUCCAGAACCCACAAAGCUUGAACAGCACCUUUGGUACUAGAAACGCUACCGAAUAUGCUGAUUCUUGCGUCGGAUAUGGAAACAGUGCUGCCUGGCCUUACACCCUGAGUGAAGACUGCCUGACAUUGAAUAUUGUCAGGCCUGCAAAAUCAGGACAGAGCAAGGAUGACGAGCUCCUCCCGGUCGGAUUUUUUACUCACGGAGGAGGCUGGUCGAUGGAUUACAGUGCCAACGGCGUCUAUAAUCUGAGCUUCAUCGUCGAGGAAUCGGUCAAGAUGGGAAAGCCGUUUAUUGCCAUCUCCGCAGAUUACCGAAUGUCUUUCUGGGGCUUCAUGGCCAGCCAGGAUAUCCUCGACGCAGGCGUGGCCAACCUCGGCCUCAAAGAUCAGCGAAUUGCGAUGCAAUGGAUCAACGAGAAUAUUGAAGCCUUUGGCGGUGACCCAGCCAAGGUCACCAUUUGGGGUGAGAGCGCUGGUGGCGGUAACGUUGGAUACCACGCCACUGCCUAUGGCGGUCGUGAUGAUGGCCUCUUCCGUGGUAUCAUUGCUGAGUCUGGCGCCGAUGGUAGCCACAUGAAGAACUUGACGGAACCUCAGCAAAUCUACGAUACCAUCGUUAGUGCUGUCGGGUGUGAUGGUAGCUCAGAUAAACUUGCUUGUUUGCGUACGGUUCCCUUCGAUAAACUAAAUGCUACAAUCACCCAGAUUACGGGUAGUUUCUACCCCAUUGUAGAUGGGGACAUCAUUCCUGAUCUACCAUCGGUGCUUCUCGACGCUGGAGAAUUCACCAAGACGCCUAUUUUGCUCGGCACAAAUGCCGACGAAGCCACAAUGUUUGCUGGCACCGGAGUCAACACGGACGAGGACAUUGCAAGUCUUAUUCAGUCGUCGGGGCUGGAUGCCAACACGACCGAAAUACUCAUGGCGCUGUACCCUGACAUCGACUCGCUUGGACUGCCAGCUCAUUACCACGUUCAGCCCGAUGGACCCGUGGGAAAGCAGUUUAAGCGGUCGGUGGCGUUGCUGACGGAUCAAAUGUUCCUUUCAUGGCGGCGUCUGAGGACAGACGCAUGGUCCAAAUACGGUGCCCCAGUUUAUUCAUACCUGUUUGAGUCACCAAUAUCAUCGACUUCAUACACAGGCACCAGCCAUUUCACCGAAAUCGGCUACGUCUUCUACAAUAGAAUCGGGCUAGGAUAUGCUGCUGGCCAAAGCCCGCUCGCAAACGCAACACAGGACGUGCUAGACCUGGCCAAACUCACCACUCGCAUGUGGAUCAGCUUCAUAACCGACCUUGAUCCAAAUAACCAUGGAGUUGCCGGGGUAGACCACUGGCCCGUGUAUAAUGCUACGGGUGGCUAUGGGCAAAAUUUCUACUUACAUCCUACUGAUGGCGGCGUGAGACCUGACACUUUUCGAUUGGCAGGGACGACGUUUAUGAAUUCGAUAGCGAAGGAGCAGUACGGGCGCUGA